AUGGAUUACCCUACCUCAGUUACCACUACAUCUUUGGGGGGAAAAAGUAUCUCCAAGAUUACUAGUGUGAUAGGCAACCCCAUAACCACUGAUGAAUGCACGGCAAAGAAGCUGAGGAUUUCUUAUGCUCGUGUGCUGGUUGAAGUGGAUAUCACCCAGAAGAGUAAGGAAUCGAUUUGGAUCAAGGACCAUACGGGGAGAAGAUUUGAGCAAAAAGUGGAAUAUGAAGGAAAACCUAAAUAUUGCCAACAAUGUUUGAGAAUGGGACAUGAUUGUUCUAUUAAGCCUGUGAUAAAAAAGAAGAACAAAGACAAAGUGUGGCAGGCCAAAACUGUGGAGAUUGAUGAAGUGAAGAACAAGGAGGAUGAGCACAUUCAGACCACAGAAGACACAUGGAUUGAGGUGUCAUCAGACUGGAGGUACUCUGAUAGGGGAGUCCUCACAUACUACAUGAUAGUUACUUGGAAUGUAAGGGGCAUGAAUAAUGGAUCUAGGCAUAGAGAAAUUUGGUCUUCUCUUGUUGAGUUCAAAGUCCCCAUUGUUGCUCUUCUUGAGACCAGAAUAAAAGAGCAUAAUGCUACUAGCAUUAAGAAUAAGUUUGGUAAGUGGAACAUAGAAGACAAUUAUAAAGAUCAUCCCAAUGGUAGAAUUUGGCUUUUCUGGAAUCCUAAUGACAUCAGGCUGCAAGUUAUACACACAUCAGCACAAUAUAUGCACAUGGAGGUGUAUGGUCUGAAUGGUGGCAGACAGGUUGUAAUCAUUGUUGUUUAUGCCUUCAAUCAAUUGGAUAGAAGAAGAACUCUGUGGCAUGACUUGGAGGCCAUAGGGCAGGGAAUACAGGAUCCUUGGAUUGUGAUAGGAGAUUUUAAUAAUGUGCUCAAGAGUAUUGAUAGAGUUGGAGGAAACCAUGUUCAUGAAAAUGAAUAUAUAGACCUCACUACUUUGAUGCAGAGAAUAGGCCUUUUUGAGGCUAAUACUAGAGGAAGCUAUUAUACUUGGACCAAUAAAAGUACCUCUAAUCCAAUCUAUUCUAGAAUAGAUAGGAUGAUAGGGAAUAGUGAUUGGUUCCAAAGGUUUAGUGAUGCUAUCAUUGAAGUCCUCCCUCCCUGA